AUGGCUCCCGUCCCGAUCGAGGAUGCCCCGGAAAUCCCAGCACUGGUCGCCGGUGGGCUUUACGUCCGUGGUCUGGAUGACGCCAACACAGAGCCUAUGUCUUCGCUCAACCUCAACACACACUCUCUAUUUACCCGCGAUGACUCGAGCACCGACAAACCAGUGCGCGGACAAGGCACCGUCGACCCGCAUAGUAUUAAGAUGCAAGGUCUGAUGGCCUUGUUUGCCCUAAUCGGCAUGGCAUUUGUUCUGGCAGCUAUUUGGUUCUUUUUCUGGGCCAAGAAUGGCGGCUUUGUCUGGCGAGAGGGUGACUGGGACGAGUACAAGUCGACCGUCCUCCGUCGCAAGGGACCAAACGGCGAAACCCUCAGUAACGCCACCAAGAGUACAAAGCUUGGUGGUGGCAGUGUUGUGGGCAAAGGCUACACCGACGAUGGAUACUCAUACACCGAUGGAUCAUACACCGAGACAGCCACGACCGUCAACGAUGAAAAGCCUCGACGCAAGAGAUUCAGAGACGCCAAAGAGAAGUUCCUCCGUCGAAACAAGCAUGAAGAUUGGGAAGGCGCCGAAGAUGCAGAUGUGCGCGCAUACCGUGAAGAGAAACCUGCUCGCAUCGGUGGCAUGAAUCGCGAAGCCGACGGAACCUAUCAUGGCAGCGAUUACGACACCUCUGCUCCACCUACUUCCUACCAACAGAGCGAGAUGAGCCAGUCGCACGAUUUCGCAUACGAUGAGCCCCCACGCCGCCAACGCCACAGAGAUCCAUCCGGAUUCUCUUUCACCGAGGGCAGCGAAGAUGUGAUUAGCCAAGCUAAUGAACAACGCCGUAUCCGUGAGCCCUCUACUCGCCGCCACAACCGUCGUCGUGAACGUCGCAGUCAGGCUCCUAGCCAUGCUUCCUCUGGUCCUCCUCCCGCGCCCUCCUCUCGUACCAGCAGCCCCCGCAAAUACCGUGACCGCCGCACUGCGGCUCAGGGCCACUACACUGAGCCGUUGGAUUUCUCGUCUGCGGGUUCUCGCUCUGAAUAUCAAUACUCCAACGUUGACACCGAGGAUUCAGGUACUAGGAGCUACAAGCAUCCCAUUCCUGGAUUGACGAAGGGAUAUCGACGUGAUGGCCGCAGUCGUCGUCGUGACAGUCUGAGUGAUAGCGAAGGCGAGACUCAGUACUCGUGA